ACAUGCUAAGCUCCAAAGUGAGCAACAGACACCCUCGUCCCAGGUCCCAUGCUGCCAGAAGCGGACCCGGGCCGAGGGAUCAGCCCUCCCACUUCCUGCGGAGGAGCCCUUCGCAACCCUAGCCUCCAGCCAGGGGCGAAGUCCUCCAGGCCCGCGGGGGCGCCCGCAGGCUCCGCCCCUUCUUCGGCUAGCUGCCCGUCCGUCCCGCCCCUGCUCCGCCCUUCCCGCCCCUGCUCCGCCCAUCGCGCGGCGGCCCUGGGGGCGAGAGGGGGCGGAGCGUGGAGGCGGCAGCUGGAACCGCGCAGCGCACGGGAACGCGUCCCGCUGCUUGGGUCAGGUUCGCCGGUCGCGGGAGCCCCGCCGUGCAGUCGGAGGAACACGUGGCCAUCAGUAAUCAUGAGCAACCCAUUCGCACACCUUGCUGAGCCAUUGGAUCCUGUACAACCAGGAAAGAAAUUCUUCAAUUUGAAUAAAUUGGAGGAUUCAAGAUAUGGGCGCUUACCAUUUUCGAUCAGAGUUCUUCUGGAAGCAGCCAUUCGGAAUUGUGAUGAGUUUUUGGUGAAGAAACAGGAUAUUGAAAAUAUUCUACAUUGGAAUGUCACACAGCACAAGAACAUAGAAGUGCCAUUUAAGCCUGCUCGUGUCAUCCUGCAGGACUUUACGGGUGUGCCCGCUGUGGUUGACUUUGCUGCAAUGCGUGAUGCUGUGAAAAAGUUAGGAGGAGAUCCAGAGAAAAUAAACCCUGUCUGCCCUGCUGAUCUUGUAAUAGAUCAUUCCAUCCAGGUUGAUUUCAACAGAAGGGCAGACAGUUUACAGAAGAAUCAAGACCUGGAAUUUGAAAGAAAUAGAGAGCGAUUUGAAUUUUUAAAGUGGGGUUCCCAGGCUUUUCACAACAUGCGGAUUAUUCCCCCUGGCUCAGGAAUCAUCCACCAGGUGAAUUUGGAAUAUUUGGCAAGAGUGGUAUUUGAUCAGGAUGGAUAUUAUUACCCAGACAGCCUCGUGGGCACAGACUCGCACACUACCAUGAUUGAUGGCUUGGGCAUUCUUGGUUGGGGUGUCGGUGGUAUUGAAGCAGAAGCUGUCAUGCUGGGUCAGCCAAUCAGUAUGGUGCUUCCUCAGGUGAUUGGCUACAGGCUGAUGGGGAAGCCCCACCCUCUGGUAACAUCUACUGACAUCGUGCUUACCAUUACCAAGCACCUCCGCCAGGUUGGGGUAGUGGGCAAAUUUGUCGAGUUCUUCGGGCCUGGAGUAGCCCAGUUGUCCAUUGCUGACCGAGCUACGAUUGCUAACAUGUGUCCAGAGUACGGAGCAACUGCUGCCUUUUUCCCAGUUGAUGAAGUUAGUAUCACGUACCUGGUGCAAACAGGUCGUGAUGAAGAAAAAUUAAAGUACAUUAAAAAAUAUCUUCAGGCUGUAGGAAUGUUUCGAGAUUUCAAUGACCCUUCUCAAGACCCAGACUUCACCCAGGUUGUGGAAUUAGAUUUGAAAACAGUAGUGCCUUGCUGUAGUGGACCCAAAAGGCCUCAGGACAAAGUUGCUGUGUCCGACAUGAAAAAGGACUUUGAGAGCUGCCUUGGAGCCAAGCAAGGAUUUAAAGGAUUCCAAGUUGCUCCUGAACAUCAUAAUGACCAUAAGACCUUUAUCCAUGAUAACACUGAAUUCACCCUUGCUCAUGGUUCUGUGGUCAUUGCUGCCAUUACUAGCUGCACAAACACCAGUAAUCCGUCUGUGAUGUUAGGGGCAGGAUUGUUAGCAAAGAAAGCUGUGGAUGCUGGCCUGAACGUGAUGCCUUACAUCAAAACUAGCCUGUCUCCUGGGAGUGGCGUGGUCACCUACUACCUACAAGAGAGCGGAGUCAUGCCUUAUCUGUCUCAGCUUGGGUUUGACGUGGUGGGCUAUGGCUGCAUGACCUGCAUUGGCAACAGUGGGCCUUUACCUGAACCUGUGGUAGAAGCCAUCACACAGGGAGACCUUGUAGCUGUUGGAGUACUAUCUGGAAACAGGAAUUUUGAAGGUCGAGUUCACCCCAACACCCGGGCCAACUAUUUAGCCUCUCCCCCCUUAGUAAUAGCAUAUGCAAUUGCUGGAACCAUCAGAAUCGACUUUGAGAAAGAGCCAUUGGGAGUAAAUGCAAAGGGACAGCAGGUAUUUCUGAAAGAUAUCUGGCCGACUAGAGACGAGAUCCAGGCAGUGGAGCGUCAGUAUGUCAUCCCGGGGAUGUUUAAGGAAGUCUAUCAGAAAAUAGAGACUGUGAAUGAAAGCUGGAAUGCCUUAGCAACCCCAUCAGAUAAGCUGUUUUUCUGGAAUUCCAAAUCUACAUAUAUCAAAUCACCACCAUUCUUUGAAAACCUGACUUUGGAUCUUCAGCCUCCUAAAUCUAUAGUGGGUGCCUAUGUGCUGCUAAAUUUGGGAGAUUCGGUAACAACUGACCACAUCUCUCCAGCUGGAAAUAUUGCAAGAAACAGUCCUGCUGCUCGCUACUUAACUAACAGAGGCCUAACUCCACGAGAAUUCAACUCUUAUGGCUCCCGCCGAGGUAAUGACGCCGUCAUGGCACGGGGAACAUUUGCCAACAUUCGCUUGUUAAACAGAUUUUUGAACAAGCAGGCACCACAGACUAUCCAUCUGCCUUCUGGGGAAAUCCUUGAUGUGUUUGAUGCUGCUGAGCGGUACCAGCAGGCAGGCCUUCCCCUGAUCGUUCUGGCUGGCAAAGAGUACGGUGCAGGCAGCUCCCGAGACUGGGCAGCUAAGGGCCCUUUCCUGCUGGGAAUCAAAGCUGUCCUGGCCGAGAGCUAUGAGCGCAUUCACCGCAGUAACCUGGUUGGGAUGGGGGUGAUCCCACUUGAAUAUCUCCCUGGUGAGAAUGCAGAUGCCCUGGGGCUCACAGGGCAAGAACGAUACACUAUCAUUAUUCCAGAAAACCUCAAACCACAAAUGAAAGUCCAGGUCAAGCUGGAUACUGGAAAGACCUUCCAGGCUGUCAUGAGGUUUGACACUGAUGUGGAGCUCACUUAUUUCCUCAAUGGCGGCAUCCUCAACUACAUGAUCCGCAAGAUGGCCAAGUAGGAGACCUGCACUUGGUGCUGUGCCCAGGGAGGAAGCCACACCACCAGCCAGCCCAGACCCUGGUGGAGAGGCCUCCCCGGCUGCCUCUGGGAGGGGUGCUGCCUUGUAGAUGGAGCAAGUGAGCACCGAGGGUUUGGUGCCAAUCCUGCAGGCACAAAAACCAGAAGUUUCUACAUUCUCUAUUUUUGUUAAUCUUCUCUUUUUCCAGAAUUUGGAAGCUAGAAUGAUGGGAAUGUCAGUAGUGCCAGAAAGAGAGAACCAAGCUUGUCUUUAAAGUUACUGACCACAGGACGUUGAUUUUUCACUGUUUCCUGUUAAUCUUCAGCUGACCACAAGCAAACCUCAGGAGGUGUCUCCUGCCCUCUUAUUGUUCCUCUUACCCUCUGCUCAAUGAAACCUUUCUCUUGAGGGUCAUUUUCCUUUCUAUAUUAAUUAUACCAGUGUUAAGUGACAUAGAUAAGAACUUUGCACACUUCAAAUCAGAGCAGUGAUUCUCUCUUCUCUCCCCUUUUCCUUCAGAGUGAAUCAUCCAGACUCCUCAUGGAUAGGUCGGGUGUUAAAGUUGUUUUGAUUAUGUACCUUUUGAUAGAUCCACAUAAAAAGAAAUGUGAAGUUUUCUUUUACUAUCUUUUCAUUUAUCAAGCAGAGACCUUUGUUGGGAGGUGGUUUGGGAGAACACAUUUCUAAUUUGAAUGAAAUGAAAUCUAUUUUCAAUGAAAA